AUGUCUGUUUUGCGGGUGUUGAAUGUUGCAGAAAAGCCAUUAUCUGCCCUGAGAAUUUCCAGAUGUUUAUCGGAGAAUGAUUUUCAGACAUCCCGAGGAUCACCGGCAGUACAUACUUUUAAUUACGAAGAAGAAGGUUGGAGAAUGACGGUGAUUUCUUCUAAUGGUCAUCUUCAAGGGAUAAAUCUAGGUGAAGACGAAACUCGUUGGGAAGAAGAAAAGUAUAUCCUUUUAACAUUCCGAGUAACUACUUUAAAUUUUGGAAGAUGUCAAACGGAAUUAUUGGGUCAAAUAGUUAAAUUGCAUUUAGAAGGGUUAAACAAUAUGAAUCUAGAAUUCACUGAUACUUACCGCGGGAAAUCAAGCACAUUUAGCUGGAGUGGGAGUAAUGAAGAUGGUGCUAAAAUUCUUGAAUUCUAUGAGAACUCCUACGAAGAUGCAACUGCAAUUGUAUUGGAUGUUGAGGCACUCCCGGAUGUUUUUCUUCCUCCACCUCCAUUGAAUACAGUGGAGCUUCUUGUCCGGGCAUCCAAGUUCUUACAAAUGAGUUCUCAACAAACAGCAGCAGCAGCGGAAAAUCUAUACAUAGCUGGUUUGAUCUGUUAUCCUAGAACAGAAGCAGAUUGGUUUCAGAAGAUUAGUGUAGGUGAUUUGAGGGCUAUUUUGGAACACCUAGUAAACCAUCAUUUAUAUGGGGAUGACGCUCAACAACUUUUGGGAGGAAACAUGUAUCGUUUAAUUGAACAAGAUUACUGUGAAUGA